GGCGGCACUACACCCUUCUUGAUUCUUGACGACUACGACAGCACCCACUCGACGCCCUCAUCGGACACACCUCUCUUUUAUUACCCCAGUACCCGUACGACGGCGUUGGCAUCCCAAUCCUCCUCAGAAUCUUCUUCCGUGAGCGUCGGCAACGGCUCAGAAAACUCUCAGUCCUCUAGCAAGGCGACCCGUCGACGGUCUGCGAAAAGCAUAAGCGACAUGUUCUCCCCGCGGAGUAGCAACUAUGAAAGGCUCGAGGGCGGCAUGGGGCCCAGCAAGAGCGGGGGCGGGCGGAGGUUUGCGUGGAAGAAGUUCGCGAUCGGGGCGGUGGUGUUGAUUGGGCUCGUGUAUUUCUUUGGGCCGAGGAAGGAGGACCUGGAUGACUACGUGCCUUCGAUCAUGAAGCCGGACGCGCGGCCAGCUGAGGACGCCAUCUACCCUCCCGCACCCGGCCCCACCACAAAACACACAGGCCAGGACUAUCCAGCUACCCAGAUCCCCCACGACAACGACGUCUCGACCGCGCCCGAAACCCGCCCGACGGACCCGGCAAGCGACGGCGACCUGACGAAGACGCACUACUGCACGCAGCCGUACAAGGCGGGCGUGCCCCUCGUCCAGUUCGCGCUCAUGAUCGACGCGGGCUCGACCGGCUCGCGCAUCCACAUCUACAAGUUCAACAACUGCGGGCCGUCGCCCGGGUACGAGUACGAGGUGUUCAAGCAGCGCCAGCCGGGGCUGUCGUCGUACCGCGGGGACCCCGAGGCGGCGGCUAAGAGCCUCGACGAGCUGCUCGAGGAGGCGCUGCGCGUCGUGCCCGAGUCCCUCCGCCACUGCACGCCUAUCGAGGUGAAGGCGACCGCGGGGCUGCGCAGGCUCGGGACGCAGGAGGCCGCGGACAUCCUCGCGGCGGUGCGGCGGCGGCUCGAGACGGCGUACCCGUUCAGCCUCGCCGGCGAGCACGCGGUCGAGAUCAUGGAGGGCCGGGACGAGGGCGUGUACGCGUGGCUGACGGCGAACUACCUGCUCAAGACGCUCUCCGCGGAGGCGAAGGCGGAGCAGCGGCAGCCGUACGCGGUGCUCGACCUCGGCGGGGCUUCGACGCAGAUCGUGUUCCAGCCGACGCUGGACAUGGCGAAGCCGGACGCGUCGCUCGAGGAGGGCGAGCACAAGUACGAGCUCAAGUACGACGGCGCGACGCGCGUGCUCUACCAGCACUCGUACCUCGGAUACGGGCUCAUGACCGCGCGGCAGAGCGUGCACCGGCUCGUGGAGUUCAUGAACGGGCUGCGUGGGGCGAGCCACGGGAAGGAUGCGUUCGUGGCGAACCCGUGCUUGGCGAAGGGCACGCAGAGGCUGGUGGAGAUCGACGACCAGCGGAUGGGCGAGAAGUUCAACGUGACGAUGAUGGGCCAGGACGUCGGUGACUUCGAGUCGUGCAACCGGGUGGUCGAGUUGGUGAUGGCCAAGGACGCUGUCUGCAAUGUCAAGCCGUGCUCGUUCAACGGCGUGUACCAGCCCUCGCUCCUCGAGACCUUCCCUCACGGCAAGAUCCUCCUGCUCUCAUACUUCUACGACCGCCUCAAUCCCUUCCUCGCCGCGAAAGUGAACGCGCCCAAGCAGCCCGUCCACAUCUCCACCUACGCGGAUCUCGCCAAGACCGUCUGCGAGGGCCCGGCGGCGUGGAAGGAGCUCUGGGGCGCGGACAAGGACCUCAUGGACGAGCUGGAGGGCCGGCCCGAGUGGUGCCUCGACCUGACGUUCAUGCACGCGCUCCUCCGGCUGGGCUACGAGUUCAACGCGGAUCGCGAGGUCGAGCUCGGGAAGCAAAUCGACGGCACGGAGCUGGGAUGGUGCUUGGGCGCGACGAUCAAGAUGAUCACCGGUGCGGAGCUCAAGUGCAAUGUCUGAGAUGAGACAUGGGGGGAGUCCUGUAUCGGUGCUGUUGAGUUGUAUUGAGUCAUACCCUAGAGUGCAUAGAUGUAAUGUUGUGUAAUGAAUAGGUCUGGAUAUACUGGUGAUCGUGGGGCCACGGACUGCCGAGUAUUGAUGAGGUCAAGCCAAGCAAAUACUAUAGUUAUCAACACCUGUGUCAGGCCAACACAGGCCUAUCUCGACUAUAGGUCGAGUAAGACGGUAGGUCGUCGUCUACUCCUCCAAGUCCUCCGGACAACAUCCCUACGUGCCCCUGAACCUUCCAAUCGUUUCCCUCCUUCCAUUCAAAAUCCCAGCCAGCACCGAAGUUCACCUCCAGCUCAGCCUCUCCGGGACCUGUAAUUCCGAUAGCCGCGUACACGUCGUAUUGCUCACACGGCAUGAAGACACCCGUGAACGCAGUACCCAGGGAGCGACCGUUAUGCGUCCAGAAAAUCUCUCCGGCGGCGAACCUAUAGCCCAUGCCGAUGACAUCGCCCGCGUUGAUGGCAAACUCCCCUGCGUACUGUCGACCUCCGUCCGGGUCCUCGAAGAAUUUGGAGCAGUCGUCCGUGUGGAAGCCUGCGCUGAGGCGGUUCCAUCCUGGCAUGCGCCACCCAGGAUAAGGACGACAGGCCACUCCUACGGCGAUGCUCCCCGGCUGUGGAGGUACGCGAAUCAUCUUCACCUCGUAGUACACGCCCUCUUUCCCGCGCGUAUCGUACAAGCCCGCCAGGAUGGGGAGGGUGCUGAAAAUACACGAAUCCGGACAGCGGUAGUCCGAGGUGACCCGCACGACGCCGGAUCUGGGUUUCUCGCCACCAUUGUCGAUUCUCCCGCGAAAGCGCGGCCCUUCCGCCGCGGUGGGCACUUCGAGCCCCCAUGCGCCACAGCCCAGCGCGCGGAUGCGCUCGAUCGACUCGGAAGAGAGGAGGCGAGAGGGCUGCGGGGGGUGGGUCCGGCAGAAAGUCUCUGCCGCUCGAUAGUCUUGCUCGGGGGCAUCGGAGUGGACUCCUAGGGGGCGAACUUCUUCGGCGCAGGGUUCCCACUCGGGAGGGGCGUCGGACGGAGGGCUGUGCGCCCGGCCUUUGCCUUUGGAAUGAGAGGAUGAGUGGAAUGCCGCCUUCAACCAGGACAUGCUAAUGGGAUCGAUGGAAAGCUGGAGCCUGCAAGUGUCUCCCGAUUACUUGGAAUGUAUGUGGCCUUCCAAGCCUGAUGAGAUCCAGGACGUGCGAUC